CCGGUGUCAAGCGCAUUCCGAGUCUGUUCAAGAAGUCUUCUUCCUGGACGGCGCUCAGCCCGACGAUAUCAAGCAGGUAAAUUAGAUAACAUCCGUCGGAAACAGUUCGAACUCAUGGAGGGAGGGGCCCUACCUAGCCAUAUCGCUCUACUACUGCAUCAAAAAUACAUCGAUAGGGUGCUGUCGGUGACUGUGUCAAGAGGAACGGAGGAGAUUGAGGGCUAUGGCUUUAUCUUUUUCAAGGACGGGGGCUGGGUAUCGACCAUUGUCGACGACCAGCUGUUCUACGGGAUAAACAGACAGUCCUUCAAAACUUCGCUUUGCUUUGGCGCCUGCAGAGAUGAGUGCAAGACCUGGUUGUCCCUGCUCGAAAAGGCCUAUGUCAAGAUCCACGGCGAUUACAAAUCCAUCGAUGGAGGUUACACUGCUGAAGGAAUCGAGGAUCUAUUAGGCGUUAUUCCCUCGAUAAUCUGUUCGGCAGACAUCCUGAGCAAGGACCGUUUCUGGGAUGGGGAGAUGAGGCAGGUUAACAGAACUCUUUUUAUGGGGUGUGCGAUCGCGCACGUCGAUAUCGAUGGCCAAAUGGACAAGCACGGUAUCCAGUCAAGUCAUGCCUAUAGCGUCCUGCGAGUCGAGGAACACAAGGGAGGACACUUUGUCCAGCUCCGCGACCCGUGGGGCAGAGUCGAGUGAAAUGGCGGCUGGCCAGAUGAAUCCGAUAAAUGGACAUCCGACGCGACCAAGAUCCUCCACUUCAAGAACAGCGACGAUA